AUGGCCACGCGCUGCUCCGCGGACCAGGACAGAAUCAGGAGUGUCCGAGGGGACCUGUUCUCGUGCCCGAGCACGGACGCGCUGGCUCACUGCGUCAGCGAGGAUUGCCGCAUGGAGAAGAAGACGGGGGAGGUGGCUGUUCUGCGGAGGGAUGAGCGAUACAUCUACUACCUGAUAACGAAGCAGAAGGUCUCUCACAAACCCACGUACGAGAGCAUGCAGAAGAGCUUGGAAGCCAUGAAAGCUCAUUGCCUGCAAAACGGAGUCACUGACAUCUCUAUGCCCAGGAUUGGAUGUGGACUUGAUGGCCUGGAGUGGGAUAAAGUGUCAGCAAUCCUCAGGGAGGUGUUCGAGGACACAGACAUCAAGAUCACAGUGUACACCCUGUGA